AGAUAAAUUUGUCGAAAGAACCAGGCGAGGAAGCUCGGAUGGUAGUGCGUCAUGUCGGGGCACAUCAUCCGGGUAGUUUCCUAUUCAAGAUGGUGCGGCCUGUAGUGAAUAUUUCUUCAGUAAGCCACCUCUCGUGUUUCGGCCGCCUUUACACUUCACUGUAAAAGUCAUGACUAGCUACCGACAUUGUCCAUCUGUACAGAUAGUUUCGAAAUCUGCUGUCAUAUGUUUAUUAAUGUGAUAAGACAUGAUAUAGCAUAUUGACAUGAACAUAAUUCGCUUAUCUUAUAACUAACUGCUGUCAGCUAGUCAUUGCUAUCUGUUUUAGAAUUAAUCGUUUUAUAUGUUGGACACCAAGUUGUAUUAUUUGUCAACCGGACCAUUACUGUUUCAGCACCGGAAUAAAUACGGAGAAUCUGUCCUCCUUUUCUAGAUUCAACAAUGGAAGGUUUAAAGCUGUGUGAGCAAGAACAGAGAUAUUACGGUGAACUUUUCCAGAACUGCGAUGUCGAAGGGUCUGGAAGAGUAACCGGCUCCAAAGCAUUGGAUUUGUUUAGGUUGUCAGGACUUAACCAAGAAGUUCUCCAACAGAUUUCUGAGCUUUGUGGAGCCAAAAGAUUAGGUCACUUUGGUCGAAGUCAGUUUUAUAUUGCUUUGAAACUGAUUGCUGCUGUUCAGUGUGGUCUUCCAGCCAAAUUAGAUAGCCUCAACCUGGCAAUGGAGGUUUCUUUACCAAAAUUUCAUCGGGCAAAUGGACAUGAAAAAUGGAAAAACCAGGCCAGCCCAACUAUUUCUAGUAAUGUGAUAUCUGGGGAGUCUGAUGCCACUCCUAUUCAAGAUGGUGUAUGUCCUGUAAACACCAGCAGUGGCAACCAAGUAACUUCGUCUCGCACAACCUCACAGCCAGCUCUUUCUCAGCCCACAGGACAGUUACCUCCACCUCCAGCUACUAAGAAGUCCCAUAUACGCAAUCUCUCUGGCCAAUACCGCAGUUUAACUGAUAAUCCUUCACAGUAUUCACAGUUGGAUCAGAAAAAUUUUUUUCUGAAAAAUAGAAAAAAUGCUCCCCGACGGCCAACGAGUUUGGGUUACCCCUUGAAGAGCCGAGAUGAGUCUCCUCUUGAUAGUAAAUCACCUCCAUUUUCCCCUAAACAGUCUCCACCUACAUCUCCUACCAACAGAGUGAAAUUAGGCAACAUCGGCAAGCAACAAACGGCUCCAGCAUCUGUUAAUACCAGCAUGACUACAUCAGGGACCAAUGUAGCAGCAAAUGCAGGGUGUGUUGGACAGGUGACACCAGUAGCUACAGUCUAUCCAGCAAUGCCUUCCCAGUUUGUAAGCCCUGCAACUACAACACCUGUAACAAACACAACUGGCAAUGUAGUUCCAGGGACAGUAGGUAGUGGAAGUGGUUUGCCUGGACUUGUCACUGCUGCUGUUGCUCCAUCACCAUCCGCGUAUACUAACUCGGUGCAUGAUGUCUCAGGUUGGGCGUCUUUUGAAGACGAAGAAAGUAAAGGUCUAUUAGAUACGGGAGCCAACAAAAUGUCUUGGGAGAAUAUAGAAAGUCAAGGUGUUGAUUCCUCAUCUAUUAGUUCUGAAAAUGAAAGUAUUGAUGAUGUGUGGACUAUAUCAAAAGAACAGAGAGAAUACUAUCUGAAGCAAUUCAAAACAAUGCAACCCGAAGAAAAUGGUGUAAUAAUAGGAAGUAUCGCUAAAGAAUUUUUUGAAAAAUCCAAGUUGCCUGUUCAUGAACUGUCAAAAAUUUGGCAACUUUCUGAUUUAAACCGAGAUGGUGCACUCUCAUUAGAUGAAUUCUGCAUUGCUAUGCACCUAGUAGUGUUACGCCGCAAUGAAAUCGAGUUACCUGAUCACUUACCUGUUUCACUGAUGCCCUAUUCUACACUGACCAACGGUAAAAAUGAGCCAUUUGCUGCUGAUCUACCCCCUGGGAGCACUUUGAAAAGAUUAACACCUACAACACCACCUAGCAAUCAGUGGACACGAACAACUUUUCCUGUUGAAUCCCCUACUUCCAGUGGUUUAUCAUCUCCAGCUCCUAAGCCAGUCAAUUUUGAAUUCUCUAAGCCAGUAGCUACUGACCCUGAUUCCAAGAUAAUCCAUCCGGUUGCACUUCGAAUGUCUCCUGAUGGCCACCCCAUUCCCCCAGAAAUUACUGAUAGAAACAACUGGACAGCUGCAGGCACAGCAACAGAUCUGGCUACUGGUUGUUGUAACAUUGCACCAGUUGUCUGUGGUGACCAGCACGAUGCAUCUUCGCUGACAACCAGUCCAUCGUCCAAACAACCAUCACGAAUGUCGUACAGCGUUGAACCCACAUCGCUUAAUGACUUGUCUGCUGCUAUCCCAACUGACCACUCCUCACCCAUGUCUCCCAAAUCAGUCCUCCCAUCAGUCAGCACUUCCUUGCACGGCCGCCCCAGACCAGUGGCAACCAAGAAAACUGCCCCAGUUGCUGGACCUGGGCACCUCCAACCUCCUCCAGCCCCUUGUACUGGAGGUGGGGACCAGAUGACCAACACUGGUAGCUCUGACAAAGGGCCGGCAGGGACCACGGCCUCCAUCAGCGUGACAGCCACAACCACAACCACAGUCCAGCAGACUGUGACCCCUGAUAGUCCAGCCACUACAGGGGGGCAGUUUGGACCUCCAAGACUUCCCCCUCGGCCAAUCCAGUCACAUGGACGGAGCAUUUCUGUCGACUUAAAAAUGAAAGGUGAUGUGGGCACUUCAGUAUUGUUACCACCUCCUGCAGUGCCACCUCGGACAUCUCCUAAAGAUGUCUCUAGGCAAAGCAGGGAUAUCUUACUUGGAUUUGGAGGUAUGCAGUCAGAAAAGAUUUUCCGAUUUACUGAUUUCUCUUCACAAGAUCUCGAUUCUGUUGACCAUUCUGAGGACUCUACCUCAGUUACACCAGCCAUUAAAUUACAGGCUCCCAUGGUGGAGAAGCACCGUCGGUGUGCUUCUCUUGAUAUACGUCAAAUUGGGGGUUUGCCUCCUAUUACAACUCAAACAGAUACAGAUAAUGUUGAUAGUUCAAUUGUCAAUAAUACUUCAGUUUCAAAGGUGCUUCCAGAACCUGAAGAAGAAGUUAUGAGUAGUGAUCGGCAAAAGUCUUCUUACUAUGGCAGGCAACCAAGUCGGGAUAAACGAGAGCUCCAAAUGGCAAUUAGUACCCAUAAAGAAAGGAAUGCCAUGCUAGAACGUGUUAAUAGCGAACUGAACCAGGAACUCCAGGAGGUGAUGGAACAGCGGAUUGCGCUGGAAAUCCAACUGGAGCACCUGAGGCCCUACCACAGCUGACUAGUAUACAGCUACUGAACCAGCAGCCCUUGGCAUUAAUAAAGCCAUUUCCAAAAGAAAAAGAAAAAAAAGACAGCAACCACAUCAGGGAAAUUACCGAGAAUGGGGCAGAUGGCUCGGAAGCCCAAGAUGAAAACCCCACUCAGCAAAGGAAGGACCUAAGGACUGAGAAUUCUUGUUUUAAAAUAAUCUUCUCAUUAUAUCAGUAAAUUAAUGGUUGGCAGUAAGUUACUUGAAGCAGAAUUACUAAAACAUUGUGUCUGUUAGCAGUAACAGCAGCGACUGCCUGUAGUCAGGUCUGAUCUCCUUAUUUGCUGAUGGACAUGGUUGAUAACUAUUGGAUUAUAACUACCAUGAAAACACUUGCUUCUUCUCACUAUUUUUUUUUUCUGUAUUGCAUUUAAACAAAUUUAACUUAAGUAGCAAAAUAUUAUGGAACACACACACAUACACACACACUCAUACAAGCAUCAAAAGAAAUGAUAUAUGGAACAGAUAUUGUAAACUUGAUUUGUUUUAAUCGGGUUUUGUUUCUGCCUCUGAAUAUCUCCUCUCUUCCUCUAUUGUCUGUCAUUAGAUUUGAUAGAGAUCGAAUCUGUAACUGGUGUCAUAGAGGUUGGUUCUACUGUUACAAAUGUGCUGCUAUUUAUGGCUAGUAAAGAACUGCCUAUUUGCACCGCCUAUAUC